AUGUAUGGUGAGAUUGAGGAAGGGCCUCUAGGGUUUGAUAAGCGGACUAGGAAGUCAAAAGGUUUUCCCUUUUUCGUUUAUAAAACUGAUGAGGGUGCAAAAGCUUUGUUGCUUGAACCCAUGAAGAGUAUUGAUGGACAUCAAGUUAUUAAGUGCGAAAUCUCAACCAUGAAAUUAAUCAGACACCCAAAUGUCAUCCGCAUGUAUGAGGUUACUGUAAGCAAAACAAAGAUGUAUAUUGUUAUGGAAUUUGUUACUGGCAGUGAACUCUUUGACAAAAUUGAAGAUAAGAGUCUUAUCAGGCAAGGCAAGCAAGAUGGUUAA